GCCAGCGUGGCAAAGAGUUCAGGCCGUCAGCGGCGCCGCGUGCUCUCGCUCGCCGGCCGGCGCUGACUGCUCGUGCUCUCCGCGGUCCGCUCUGCCUCCCAACGCCGCGCCCGCCUCCUCUCAGACUCCCACCGCGACUUCUGUUCGUCAGCGCGGCGGCGGCCUGCGUCCAGCCCAACGGAGAGAAAUCUAACCCUAGCUCCCCCGUCGGCGCUGCCGGCGACCCUUAGGAUCUCCGGCGAGCGCCACCGACCGCGGAUAGAGUGAUUCGACCAGUGGGGGAGAUUGAAGGAGCCCCUUGGUUUGGGAAUUUCGGGGGAAGCAAGGGGGGUUGGUGAUUUGGUGGUGAAGGGAGCCAGGGAGGUGGAAGGCUAUGGGGUCGUCGUCGAAGGUGGUGCGGCCGGAGGAGGUGCUGGAGUCGCUGAAGAACGACGGCAGCAUCGACGCGCUCCGCAUGAAGAUCAUCGCCCAGCUCAAGGCCAACGAAGAUAUGAAGAAAAACACCAUGAUGAUGGUGGAGCAAAGCAAGGUAUUGAAUACUCCUGGAGCUGAGAAAAAGACCAAGAGGGAGUUGUUUGAUGCACUUCGACAGGAACUGGAGACUCCGGUCCUUGAGAAAGCCUCCAAGGCAGUUUGGGAGCUGAUUCUAGACAAUGGUGGAUUAGGGAAAGAGAUAACUGAAACAGUUGAGAAAGUCUUCUGCCGGCUCAGUGGAAUUGACAUGAUGCCACCUCCACCUGCAGCCACUGGUGCUCGUCAAGAGAAAGAUGACAUGGCUGUUGAUGAAGUUGUGAAGAGCAAGGAGGUGGAUGCUUUUGAACCAUCCUCAUCAAGGAAGAGACCCUUCAGCGACAUCAACAGAAAAGGAGCAGGUGCUUUACCAAAUGGCAGUGCUACGGAUCAGCAUGAUGAGUCCGAGGAUAGUGACCAGAAGAUAUGAUGCUGUUCUGUGCUGUAAUUUUUAGUUCAGCCUGUAGUAGCUUUCUUCCUGUUCAUACAAGUUCUGUGAGCAACCACUAUAGGAUAUUUAAGUUUUCAAGAAAGCAGCUGCAGUUGAGUUUCUUCUGAAUAUAGGAUAAAUUGGUUGACUUGACAGUUUUGUGGUGUGUUUAACUUGUAAUCAUUCAAGAGUUAUGUUAGAUGCUUCUUGAUUUUGCAAUAUUUUAGCAAUUUUCCAAUGGUA